UGUUAUCGUAUCAAACAACCCCCAGAAGACAUAGCAUUUAUCUUGUCAUUAUGAUAUAGAGUUGUUCAUCAUGAUACUGCGGUAUUCGUCAAGAUGGCAACCGGUGCGACAGUCAGCAUCACUUAGACUUCAAUCAGCCCUAACCGUACGUCUGCUUCAUCAUACACCUUCUACAAGUCAAGCAUAUCCGGCAGAUUUGCAAACUACAGAUCCUUUGAUCGCAUAUCGUGCUUUGGCUUCAAAAGGUGUAUUAGAGGAAGAUGCAGAACAAAUUCGUGCCUUAAUAGAAUUACGCAAACUUACUAGAGUUCUUCAAGAUUAUACACCGCCUUCUCAUCUGCUAGGUAUUCUACACGAUCCUAACGGUCAAAAUGGCAAGGGAGACUUGGGCAGUGGUGGACCACCUGCUUCAGAAGAAAAUGUGAAUGCAUUGGUACGAUACCUCUCAGAAGAAGAACAAGUGGAAAGUCUAGAUACACCGAAAGGUUUGCUCUUGACGGGCAAGCCGGGUACGGGAAAGACGUUCUUGGUGGAUUUAUGGUUCGAACAUCUUCCCGUCCAGGGCAAAUUUAGAAGACAUUAUCAUCAUAUGCUACUCAGCAUUUAUAGAAUGGUAUGGGUAGAAGCCGAGAGGAGACGGAUAGACGCAGAAGCACAAUGGAGCUCUCGUGAAUCAGUACUGCCAGAACGAGGUGUUGGAGUUGUAUGGGAACGACAAGAACAAAAUGAGACUGGUUCUCGAACAAAAAGCAUCUCACAAUGGGCCAAAAAGUUACGCGGAAUGCCGUUCAUGCGUCUUGGAAGCGAUGCCCCUGCUCCGGUCAUGUCAUUAGAUGGCGCAUCUCUAAACGAUGACGCCAAUAAAGGAAUGGACGUGAUCAAAUUGGCUCAAUUGGAAAGACAGGAGGAUAAAUUGGCUGGUCUUGGUACUACUUUACCAAUGCAUGUUGCCGCUCAGCUGUUUCUAACGCAUGGUCAUGUCUUGUUGCUUGAUGAAUUGCAGUUGCUCGAUAUUGCUAGUGCUACUCUAUUACGCCGAAUUUUGACUAGUUAUUGGCGAUUGGGAGGCGUUGUUAUCGCAACGAGUAAUAGAGUACCGGAAGAUCUAUACGCAAAUAAUGUCCAGCGAAGGAGUCUGGUAGCCUUCCUUGGCGCUUUAAAGGAGCGUUGUCCCGUUGUUGAAGUAUCAGGCAGAGACCGUAGAAUUGAUCGAUGGAAAGAAGGAUGGGACAAGUUUGCUCAACGAGGCGAAAAGGACGAUAAGAGUUUCUUUUUCUUGAAAAGUCGUCCAGAUGAAGAUAAAGCAUUUCAACAGAUCAAAGAUUCUCUCAUUGCCGGUCGUCAACGUGAAGCAACCGUAUUUGACGUUUACAAUCGUAAAGUAAGCGUACCAGAGUCAUAUCCAGCUGUUGAUGGCCAUCCAGCUACGGCAUGUUACACAUUUGAUCAACUUUGCGAUCAGCCACUUGGACCUGCUGAUUAUUUGACGUUAUCAUCAACGUAUGAGCUUUUGAUCCUAGAUGACGUUCCGGCUUUGGACUUGGUUCAUCGAAAUCAGGCUAGACGAUUAAUCACUUUGAUCGAUUGCCUCUAUGAAUCCCGAACGAAGUUGAUCAUCCGAUCGCAAGUGCCACUUACAAAGAUCUUCUUUGCUCGUGAAGGAGCUGAAAUCGCACGAGAAAACGAAAGACGGCAUCGAAUGGCAGCACAGGGCAAGACACCAACAGAAGAAUGGCGAUCAGACGACGAUCGAAACGAAGAAGAUCUCAUUCAAAGUGCAGCAUUAAUACAAAGUGAAGUCUUGUCAGAAGCUGCUCAAGAUACCGAAGAAGGCUUUAGACCUAACAUUGUUGCAUACGGUCCUAUCGUAGAAGAUGACCAGCGUGCAGAACCAGGACGUGAAAGCGAAAGUCAACGGGAAGAGCGACAGAAAGGCGGUUUGCGCAAUUUGUCCAUCUUUUCUGGAGAAGAAGAGCGAUUUGCCUAUCAACGUGCCGUCUCAAGGUUGUACGAGAUGAGCCAUGCCUCAUGGGCAGAUGUAACUUGGCGUCCUUUGGUUGAAUCGGAUCGUAGUGCUUGGCAGCAAUCAAAUGUACAGCAGGAUGCCAAUUUUGCUGCUAACAUCUUACGCAAAUCCGCUGCUGCUCUUGCCACACGUAAAGGGCUAUCUACAGCAGAUAGAGUGGAAGAAGGCGAUUUUGCCGAUGAAGCGUCCUACGAUAACCUUCGAGCAGAUCAAGAGCGAAAGCGAAUCAAUCGCAGUAACGGACCUCCAGUCUUGUCUCCGUCGCAUGUCUGGGGUGUCCGUGAAGAUUGGGGCCCCAAAGCUGGAAAAUGGGGAAAAGGCGUUCGGGGUUCUAGGGAUGAUGAAAUGGAUCCAGAGAACAGCGAAAGUCCUCGCGAUCGUCGAGCCAGGCUACGAGAGGAGCGUUUGCGAGCCUCGUCUGACUCUUAGGCUAACUCGACAUUGCUUGAUAGAUCUGUAAUAAUUGUCUGAGACCAUCGUCAUGAAUAAUGGGUAUAAUAAUGCUUGAUAUGAUACAGUGUUUGUGUUUCCUUGACUUUCAAUCUGCUGAGCUGCAUCCACGACAACCGCAAUGAACACAUUCGAAUACUUGAGAUCGUGCAAGCUGACUUUUCGGUACUCUACAAAUGCAUGUACUUCCUUCAUGAUUCAUAUCCCUACUUUGAAUGCAUCUUACACAACAUAGUUUCUCGUAUCCUGUCCGCUUCCAUUUGGCGAUAAGAUUUGCAUCAGCAUAUCCCUGUUUCAAAAGCCAGUCGUACAGCUCCCUACUAAUUGCUUCUCGUUUGUAAUACAGAUCAUAGAUAUAUCGUGAUCGUGUAUGCGAUAUUCUCAUGAUCGGCCAA